GCUCAGAGUGCGGGAAGAAUUUUAGUGACCACAGAAAAUUUCAGCAACACAAACAUGUUCACAUAACUUAUGAUGAGGACAUGCUACAAUGAUCAUGAGAAAGUACAGGAAUUGGCUAGCUCUAUUCUGAAGACCUAACUUGGAGCACUACUAUAUAGUAGGCAAGGGACGAUUGAUUAUAUCUAAGACGGACUACUGAAAUAGUUUAUGGACAAUUCCUAUUCUUUUGGAUAGCCAUUAAAUAAAAGGUGUUGUAUAUUUUGUUAAUGUAAUGGUCAGGAUUUGAGCAGAUAUGCAAAUAUUUUAUAAGGAAAAAAUGGGUGAAUAAUGAUAAUAAUAAUAAGUCCUCCCACCAUGAUAGUGGGACCAAUGAAAUUAAACAAUUGUCAGAGCACUAUAAUAAGUUUUAUAAAAGGUUAAAUACAUGAGAAGUCUGAUUUUACUCAAUUGUAAACUUUGGCAAAAUCGAUAAACCUAAAUAAUUGUUUUUGUUGGUCAUUUGUUGGUCAUUUACUCAUUUACAAUCAGGAAAGGGGAUAAAAACACUAGUUUAAACCUGACAGGCUGUGAAAUACCUUGUGCUUACCCUGUUAAUCAAAAGGCUUAAGGAAGGGAAAUUUCUAGACCUAUCUGAUUUUAAGACAGCUAAUAGUAGAGCUUUAACUAUGAUCAAAACAUUUUGUUUUGUUUGCUUCUUCCUGCUGAUGGUCGCGGUCCAGCUACACGAUGGUGUCCUGCACUAACAGAAGAUGCCAGGCAUCCCUUUGGCUGUAAAAUAAAUUUCACAAACUACGUUCAAACAUAAUCCAACUACUCAUACAUAUACUCAAAUGUACUUGUAUGUAUAAUAGGUGUAUUACCCCUGCUGAAAAAAACAGUAGAAACCCAUGUAGAAUUUGUAAUGGUGAUAAUGGGAGUUGUAUUGGUUUUAAUAGAAACUGUAAUGGUCCCUGUGGGUCUCUACUAGUAAUUUGUUGCCUUCUAUUGGUGGCAUGUUAUGUCUAAUGGAUACCAUUAAGGACCAGUAAAGGUUUUAAUGGUUAGUGGAUGGUUUGUAAUGGUAUUUGUAGUGAAAACCAUUAGAAUUUCUAUGAGGGUUUCUUUUGGGUUUUUUUACAAUAAUAUGGAUAUUUAUUGUAGCCAUAGAACGUUUUAUUCCUGAAAGUUUCACUGCCACAUAAUUGGAAGAUUAGAUAACCGCAUCAAUGUGUAGGUGCACAGGUUUUUCCUAAUAAACUGGAUGGUGAGUUUAUACUAAAUUGUUGAAGCAGGUUUAUAAUCGAAAACCACAGCAUCUGAUAUGCACAUUAAAGCAGCCAGUUGAGAAUGCUGAUAUCUCUAAACAUCCAGAACAACAAAUAUGAUUGAUUAUAUCCACCUUCAUUUAAAAUGGCGUCAAUUUCAUUUAAAAUGACAAACUUACAAUUACCAGACUCUUCCUCACCCUACCCCUGUAUUUCUUACGAACACCUUCAAGCUGCAUAAAUUGUCAGUGCUGUUGUAAAACAGUGAAAGUUCCUCUAUAAUCCAUGCACACAAUUCAAAGCUUUAAUAACUCUAUCUGCUUAAUUUAAAAAAAAAAAAAAAAAAAAAAAAAAAGAGCAAGAGAGAGCGCGUGAGAGAGAGAGAGAAAGCAGUGUGACAGCAGGUGGGCAUCUUCUCAAGUAAAGUGAAUACUUCAAUUAAUGUGAAAGAUGCAUUUUAUGGCCAGGUGUUAAUAAUUCUAUUCCUGUUUUCAUUGUUUUGACACCCUUUUAAAUAUUCCUAAUAUAUGUUAAUAAUAGUAAGAAAAGAAACAGAGUAUUGCAAGGAAAGUAAUUUGUAUACAUUCCUUAUCUUUUAGAAUCCUGUCAGAAAACUGUGCUAACUUAGCUAAGUUUAAAAACAAAACAACAACCCAGAGACAUUUAUAUGGAAAAGCCAAUUAGCUGAGAUUUCAAAAGAAACCCUGAACAUAACUGUGCUUUAUUUCAUUCAGGACGUUUUAUUUAUGAAUGAAUUAAUGAAUUGGACCAGCAGUGGUUCCGACACACUAACAUGAGCCAGUGGACAGGUACCUGCUUGCUAGCUGGGGCUAUAUUAGCAAAACAGCCUUCUGUUAUUAUGGUGAUUAGGAGCGUUAAUACAAUGUUCCAGUAGGUGUCGCUGUGAGCGUCCACGUCGCGUUCAGCCACACAUUCACAGAAUUAGAAGAAGACGUGCGGCAGUUUUGCUGAUUGAUGAGCUGAGCUCUCCGACUCUACUAAUCAUCUUUACAUUCAAAUAUUUCUGACAGGGUUUUACCUCCACAGUUCCAUCUGAUCCGUUGUGGGUGUAUUUGAGGAGGUUAACUGCGUUCUGCUGUCAAGAUCAAGGUAUGAGUCAGUCACUUGCCUCCUAACCUCCACUGUGACAUCAGCAGUGGCGCGUUGGCCAUCUUCAGGUAUACUCACCCACCUGCUCGUUACCUCCCCCAAGUUUUCAGAUUGCGAUGUCAUUUUAGGUUUAUGAACAGGAUGGCUGGACUGAAAGAAAGAAAGAAAAAAAAACAGCCAUUUGUGUACAGAUCUCUGAACUUUCUCAGUGUCAUCAUCACCUUUAUUCAUCUCUGGCCAGUUAACGUUAAUUAUAUAAUUUUAUUGAUGGGGAAACUGGAAAGUUAUACAGAAAUGCAUUAUUAUAUAAAGUAUUUGUCUUCAAUAUAGACAAGCUGGAAGAGUAUUGAACCGUCACUGUCGCACUUUAUUAUACUUAUGUAUAGAUAUAUUUUUUUAUUUCUUUCAGACUGGUGUCACUAACAUUGCUAAUGAUGUCAUUGGAAGAUAUGCAAAAUAUUUACCAAACGCCACGUGCAAAUGUUCCGAGUAGUUGAAUUGAGUCUUUAACACGUUACACUGCAGUGGUAUAGGAGUGAACUUGGAGCAAAAGAAAGCAUCAACACUCUAUCUAAACAGGUGCUUCUUGUUCUGGGCAAAAAUCAUGCCCCUCUAAAGAUGGCUCUGAGUUUUCAUUAAUAAAAUUAAGCUUAAAAAUAUAGAUUUUUGUUGUUGUUAAAAUUGCUGAUCAAAUUAUUUGAACCAUUAACCAUUUUUGCCUCUUUCCAAUCCAGAUCUAAUUGAGCAGUAUCCUGUCAUCUUCUACUGUCCUCUUUCCUACAUGUCAUAUAUUUUAUUCUGCAAGAACAUUAAAAGCUCCAAAUAGGAUGAAGUCAGACACGGUCAAGUGUGAGAAUCUGGAACCCACAGAGGGCUCCAGUAGUCCCCAAAUGUCAUCUGGUGCUUUCCUCACCAACACCUCUCGCAGACAAGUGAAAAAACUUGUUCACCAAUGCUCACAGUGUUGGAAGAGUUUCAGUCAAAUAAGUACACUUAAAGAGCACCAACGAAUUCACACCGGAGAGAAGCCUUAUCAGUGCUCACAAUGUGGGAAGAGUUUCAGUCAAAAGAGUAAUCUCAAAAAACAUCAGAGUAUUCACGCUGGAGAGAAGCCGUAUCGCUGCUCGCUGUGUGGGAAGAAUUUUACCAGCCAGAGUAAUCUCCAGCGACACCGGCGCAUUCACACGGGAGAGAAGCCGUAUCAGUGUCUGCAAUGUGAGAAGAGUUUUAUCGAGAGCGGUAGUCUUAUAAAACACCAGCGAGUUCACACAGGAGAGAAGCCAUAUCAGUGCCCUCUGUGUGUGAAGAGUUUCACUAGCCAGAGUAAUCUCCAGCAGCAUCUGCGUAUUCACACAGGAGAUAAACCUUAUAACUGCUUAGAAUGUGGGAAAUGUUUUAGACAAGGUACUGGUCUCCAAAUCCACCAACGCAUUCACACCGGAGAUAAACCGUAUUACUGUUUAGAGUGUGGGAAGAGUUUUAGGCAAGGAACAGCUCUCCAAAUACACCAACGCGUUCACACGGGGCAGAAGCCCUACCACUGUACAGAGUGUGGGAAGAGUUUUACCAGCCAGAGUAAUCUCCAGCGACACCAGCGCGUUCACACAGGAGAGAAGCCGUAUCAGUGCUCAGACUGUGGGAUGAGUUUUACACAAAGGAGUAAUCUUCAACAACACAAGCAUAUUCAUACAGGAGAUAAACCAUAUCGCUGCUUAGAGUGUGGGAAGAGCUUUAAUCGAGACGACGCUCUCCAGUUACACCAACGCAUUCACACUGGAGAGAAACCGUAUUACUGCUCAGAGUGUGGGAAGAGGUUUAGUAACCAGAGUAAUCUCCGAAAGCACCAACGCAUACACGCAGGAGAGAAGCCAUAUCAGUGUUCUGAGUGCGGGAAGAGUUUUAGAAAGCAGAAAAAUUUUCAGGAACACCAGCACAUUCACACAGCUGAGAAUAAGGGCACGCUUAUGAAAACACUGGGAAUUGACUAGGUCUAGUUUAAAAAAAAAAAAAAGUAUUAUUAAUGCAUGCCCAAUUUGGAUAUUAAUAAUAUAAAAUAUCGCCCAUAAAAUAUCGCCCGUAGACAAAAUGUUCUACUUCAUACAGUAUAAUCCUGAAAACACAAGUUUCCUGAACUGACAUGUUUCCCUUUAGCUUGCAUCUCAAGCUGAAGUAAAGUUCUGCUUACUUCCAAAAGUGAAAAGGGGGGAGGAUCACAUUUAAAGAUUCCAAUCCAGUUCCACUGAAAGACUCUAUGCCUACUAGAGCCCCAUCAUCUCAUUCCCUCGCCUGAUCUCGGUCAAAGUUAACAACAUCAGUGAUUCAUUCAGUCAGCUUUUUUUUGUUGGCUAAAUUUCUUUUAAAUGCCUUGUUAUUUGGCCAUGUAAACAUUUACAACUUUGUGCACUGCCUUCUGUACACUGUGUGUGUAAGCUUUCUUUUCUGUUUUGAGGGUGAUUUGAUUGAACAGGAGCACGGCGAACAUUUUGGUAACCAAUAUCUGAUUACAAAAUAUAUAUCGAUUUCUAAUUACUUACAGCAUGUAAAUGCCCAAAAAACAUGAUCAGUCACGACCAAAACUACAUAGCUAGCAAGGUUUGAAAAUAGCCACAACAAAAACAUUUCCACAUAAUUUUGGUAAACUAUAUUUGUGUCUACUGAGUUUUGGUAAUUUUUUUUUAUUGUAAUAAUUUUGACGGAAUAUAAUAUAAUAAGUAUAAUAAAAAUGGUCAGUCCCUCCA